CCUUUCAGAAUUUUUUUCCAGUUUGAAUGAAUAGCAUUGGAUUAAGGCGCAGAAUGAGUUGCCCCAGUAAAAGUAUAGCUAGAGACUUCUGGUCUCCUAUAGUUUAUUGAACUUCACAAUUGUCAGUGGAUGUCAUGUUACAAAACUAGGGUGCAGUCAAUAUUUUGUGUAAACCACUUGUGUGACAAUGUGCAGGAAUGGUGACUGAUUUAACAAUCAAUGCAAAGAAUGUUCUCUUUUUUCCAGAUAUGUGAUGGAACUAGAUGUACAUAGUAGCUCGGAGUAUUAGAAUAGGAUAAUCUUUAACUGAUUUGAAUCAGAUUCAAAGGAUGAGCUGAUGGACCAGAGAAAUCCUGUUUGCCCAUCCCUGUGGGGGCUGCUUUUAUUCUUCUUCGUGUGGACCAGUGGUUAUGUGGACCCGGUCACCACCAGCACAAACCCCACCUCAACGUGGACCUUCUCAAAGAACCAAUCUUAUCUGGCCUUCUCCCCCAAUCUCACCUCAGUAAAAGACCAACAGAUUAUCUUGAGUUUUAGGACAAGAUCUCCCAAUGGAUUAUUAUUCUGUCAUUAUUUGGAGCAUUUUAAUCAAAGUUUACAUCCUCUGUUGGAGAACUAUCAUUUUUGUGCAGAAUUAAGUCACGGAUAUUUACAAGUGAAAUACGACCUUAACCAGAAUUCUGAUGUGAUUAAACUUGGAAGAGCCUUGAAUGAUGACAGUUGGCAUACAGUGGAUAUAUUUUUGAACACUACGACUGGUGAGCUACAGGUCUCCCUAGACAAUCUCCUGAGAACCUCUAGAUAUCUGCGAGCCUAUACGCAGUCUUUAGAUAUCAAGUCCAUAUUGGACUGGAAACGAUUAAAGUCGGUGGUCUCAUAUGCAGGAUUAUCCCCCUCAGUUUCUCUGGAGUAUCAUCAGUUUAUUGGUUGUCUGCAGUCAUUGAAGUAUCGGGAACUGAUUGAGGUGACAUGGGAGGUCUCCCCCAGCAUCAUCAUGCAGGCUGAGUCUGGGUGUCGGGACCUGUGUCGGGAGGAAAACCCCUGUGGGCAGGGGCGAUGUAUCAACCUGUACACCUCUGUCCAAUGUGACUGCUUCUCUCUGGACAGGGAGGGAGAAAAGUGCCAAGACACAACUGUUACUGAAAUUACACUCCACGGCUAUGAAUGGUUGACCUACCAGCUUUAUACAGAGGAAGAGAGGACCUUACGUGACAGUAACAGAUUCAGCUUACAAUUCAAAUCAGACCGUGGGUCAGGGGUACUCCUGUAUGCAGUGGGCAGUACUGACAUGGGGGAUACCAGGAUGAAGCAGCACCAUUCCCAUGUCAUUGCCUCCGUCCAUCAGGGAACGGUCAAGGCCUCGGUGGCCUUCGGGGACGACAUCCUGGAACAGACCAUGGGCCUGGGUGUGGAUGAUAACAGGUGGCACAACUUGACCAUUGUCCAUGAGAAAGUGAAAGUAGAGUUUUACCUGGAUGGCACGCUGUACGUUCACGAGACUGUCAAUGAUAUGUACUACCUGGGCCUGGACCCAUACAUCUAUAUUGGAGGCGGUGAAAGCUUUGUACAGACACUGGGACUUCAAGUGAGACAGAACUUUGCUGGGUGUCUGAAGAACAUUUUUGUCAAUGAGCAUUCCAUUUUGUAUGAACUCCGAAGUAACUAUUCCACUAGUCAGCUUCAUCCUAGCAACACAGAGAUCCAAUAUGGCUGCCAUAAAGUGGAUAACAUUCCUCUUACAUUCCCGAGAUCCAGGUCUAUCCUGUUCCUAUCCGGAUAUUAUGGCAACACAUUUAGUAUCCAGUUGGAUUUCAGAACUGUUAGAGAGACUGCAAUUUUAUUAUCCACCGAUAUCCAGACAAUAAAUUCCUUUGGAUAUCCAGAUAAAGGAUAUUUUGAGGUAUGGAUUAAUGGAAGUCUUCCUAUGAUGAAGUUUGUGAGGUCCAUGUACCAGAACACCAUUGCUAACACUACUCUGUUACCUGUCAAUGUCAGCAAUAACAAGUGGCAUUCUCUGUCAUUCAAUCUCAAACAAGGCCAGGUGAAAAUUUCUGUGGAUAACUUGUCUUUGCCAUCAAUGUUCAUUGGUAAUGACUCUCAAAUAUACAAAAAUGUAGAAAUAGGAUAUGGCCACAGAAUGUUUGAGGACUUCGUAGGAUUUGUUGGCUGCAUCAGGAACAUAGUCAUACAAGGACAAUUCCUGGACCCCAUUAGUCUGAUGGAGAGUGCCCCCCCUGGGGGGUACCACGUGGGGCUCAAAUUGGACGGCUGUCAUUUGGUGGACCAUUGUCGGACCCACCAGCACUGUCGUAAUGGGGGGCGGUGCCUGUCAGACUGGGAUGGGGUGACCUGUGACUGUUCUAGCAGUGCCUAUCAAGGCAAAUAUUGUCAAUUUGCACGGUACAGGAGCAGCUGUGACAGUUACUACCAGAGUGGCUGGAGGAGUUCGGGAGUUUACGUCAUUGACGUGGACGGCAGUGGUCCUGUCGAGCCGACGUACGUCACGUGUCAGAUGGGAAUCAGGACUGACGGAGAUUAUUACGGGCAGACCUUGAUAGCACACAACCUCAGCAACCAGACUAAGGUCCGGGGAACAACACUGCCGGACUUGAUGAUGAGGCUUAGCUACAGAGAGAUGGGAUUUGUAGAACUUCAGAAGCUAACACAGAUGUCAGCCUGGUGUGAGCAAUAUGUCCAAUAUACCUGUCUCAAUGCUCCCUUAAGAUUGGGAAAUCUGACCAGUUUUAAGUCAGUGGAUGGGACGGUGGUACAGUACAUAGGAGAUGUGGACCAGGCUCCCUCCUCAGGCUGUAAGAAGAGAGCCUGUAACUGUGAUAGGGAGGAUAUGGUGGCGCGAGAAGACAGUGGUUACAAUAGGAUUACAAGUCAACUCCCUAUUAAGGAAAUUACAGUGUACCAGUUCACUGAUUUCAAAACACCAGAUUCCAAAGGAUUCCUUACCAUUGGUCCUCUAAAAUGCUGGGGAAACAAGGAGAGUGUGAGUUGGUCAGCUGUGACCUUUGUGACAGAGGACUCUUUCCUUCAGUUACCAGGCUGGGUGUAUGGAGACAUGGCCUUCAGUUUCCGUACCCACCAAACCUCCGCUGUACUGAUGUAUCAGUCCUCGUCCAAUGGAGACUGGUUCAAAGUCACAUUAGUCUAUGAGGAUUCCAUUAGAAUAGAAAUUCAGAUAAAGGAAAACCUAAUUUUAAGUGAGACAUUGGAUGCUGAUAAACCACUGAAUGAUGGGGCCUGGCACAGGGUAACCCUAGAACUUAGUUCUCACGAGGUUCGGUGUGGGCUUGAUUCCAUGAGAAAGAUUGUGUCCAUUCCAUUCCACAGUAAUAUUACAUUUGAUAACUACCUUUACCUUGGAGGAAAAAUGUAUGACAGUGGAUCCUAUGACAACUUGCCUGGAUUGAUUGGCUGUGUGAAAGGACUUGUGUAUAAUGGCAGACCUAGGAAUCUUAUCAAUGAUGUAUAUGAUGAUAUGCCAGGUAUACAGAGUGGUUGUAGGCCUCGCUGCUCACCUGAUCCCUGUCAGAAUGGAGCACAGUGUGUGGAGAUGUGGAACAGCUAUCAGUGCAUCUGUACUAACGAGUGGGCUCACUCAGGCCACAGCUGUGAAAUCAAUAUAAAUGAGAAUGUAGUGACCAUUACUGGUGACCAAUCAGCAUUCUUUGACCUGAGGGUUAGCUCUAAUCCCCUGGAAAUGGAGAACAGGAUCAUCUUUAGCUUCCACACCCAGCUGAGGGAGGCCCUUGUCUUCUAUAUGUAUGAUGAACUGAACAACUUCAUCCAGUUAGAGGUAGUGGAGGGCAGGAAGUUACGAUUCAGCAGAAACAACUUCCAGCAGAUCUUCUACACAGACAUAGAUGUCCCAGGAAUCACAGAACCCACAUGGAAACAAGUCGUCCUGGAUCCUUCAAAGAUAAAUGUGAACGGAAAAAUCACAUACCUGAACCGUGCUAACAAUAAGUUGGAAUCAGGCUACAGCAGUGACCCAUUUGCUGGUGAAAUGGAAACCGUCAAGCCUCCAAGACCAAAAGAGAAACAACCACCUUUCCUUAGAUUAUACUUAGGUGGAACUCCUGCCAAUGUAACUGAGUUGGAUAAGUUUCAAGGAUGUUUCAGGGGGCUCAAAAUAGGGGACCGUCUUAUUGAUUUACAAAAGAACUCCGAGGGUAAUACAGGUGUGUAAUUUUCUUUUGUUCUU